CGCGGCCCCGCCCCACAGCCCGGCCCCGCCCCUCGCCUGGGCCCUGCCCCUCGCCCAGUGCUGCCCGGCUACGCUCUUGAACCUUCUGCAGAGGCCGGUGGGUGUUUUCUGUACAGGAACCCACGGACCCGAACCCCCGAACCUGCCGGGUCUCUACACCCGAGCGACUCAGGGAGCAAACAUGGCCGCCCUGACGACGGUCGUGGUGGCGGCCGCAGCCACCGCGGUAACCGGGGCGGUGCCCGGGACGGGAGCGGGCAGCGGCGCGGGAGCAGCGCCGGCGCUGCCACAGAAUGAUAGCUGCUUUGGUACUUCAAGUGGAAUUCAUCCUUUUCAACUUCAUAACUGGAAGCAGAAAGCUAGUAGAACAAAGCAAGCAGAAUUCAUACGCACAGCAGAAAAACUUAAAAAUCAAGUUAUUAUUAUAGAGAAAGAUAAACACAGUCAUUUCUACAACCAAAAAAAUGACUUCAGGAUUGAGCAUAGUGUGCUGGAAGAAUUGGAAAAUAAGUUGAUUAACAGCAGGAAAAUAGAAAGAGCAAAAAUCCAACAACAAUUAGCCAAAAUACAUAACAAUGUAAAGAAACUUCAGCAUCAGUUAAAGGAUGUGAAGCCUACACCUGAUUUUGUUGAAAAGCUCAGAGAAAUGAUGGAAGAAAUUGAAAAUGCAAUUAACACUUUUAAAGAAGAGCAAAGACUGAUAUACAAUGAACUUAUUAAGGAAGAGAAAACAACAAAUAAUGAAUUGAGUGCCAUAUCAAGAAAAAUUGACUCAUGGGCUUUGGGUAAUUCAGAAACAGAGAAAGCUUUCAAAGCAAUCUCAAGCAAAGUUCCUGUAGACAAAAUGAGACCAAAUACUCUUCCAGAAGCAGUAGUAGAUUUUGAAAAAUUCCUUCAGCAAACAGGAGGGCGACAGGGAGGCUGGGACUCUUAUGACCACGAGAACUUUGUAAAGGUGAGAAACAAACAUAAAGGGAAGCCUGCAUUUAUGAGAGAAGUCCUAGAACACCUUCCAGGAAGGACAGAGGAUGAAGUUCAACAGCACGAAAAAUGGUAUCAAAAAUUUCUGGCUCUAGAAGAAAGAAAGAAAGAGUCUAUUCAAGAUUGGAAAACUAAGAAGCAGCAAAAGAAGGAGGAAAUUUUCAAGUUAAAAGAGAAGUCAGACAACAUUCCUGUGCUUUUUCAUAAUAAACCAGAAGGUAAUCAAAAGCAAAAAGAGGAAGAAAGGAAGAAACAGAAGCUAGCAAUCGAAGCUUGGAAAAAACAGAAACAUAUACAGCUGUCCAUGAAAUAUGCUUCUAAGUUAAAAGAAGAGGAAGAGAAAGAGAAGAAGCAGCAGAAAGAGCGCCAAAGCCAGCUUAAACUAAAAUUACUACUAGAAAGUUACACCCAGCAGAAGAAAGAACAGGAAGAAUUUCUGAAGCUUGAAAAGGAGAUAAGGGAAAAGAUAGAAAAGGCUGACAAAAGGAAAACUGUGGCUGAUGAAAUUGCCAGGUUUCAAGAAAGAGAUUUAUAUAAACUUGAGUUGAAAAUCCUAGAUAGACAGGCAAAGGAAGAGGAAAAGGCAAAAAAAGAAAGAAGAUUGGCAAAAUUAAAGGAAAAGGUUGAAAAUAAUGUUAGUAGAGAUCCUUCCAGGCUUUACAAACCUACCAAAGGCUGGGAAGAACGGACUAAAAGCAUCGGACCAGCAGGCUCUGGGCCACUUCUACAUAUCCCACACAGGGCUAUUCCAACCUGGAGACAAGGAAUUUAGAGAAAAAAUGAGAUAAUGGAAUUGCUAUUCAUUUGAUGAGAGUUCUAGCAUAUUCAGUAAUACCAGGAGAGUGUGACUAACCAUAUUCUUUUAAAUAUCACUAGCCUAGUCAGAUGGAUUAUUGUGCGUAAAUUGAGAAAUACUUUAAGUUCCAUGCUGUAUCAUUAAUGGGUCCUGUUUCUACUGAUGGUAUUUAGGGUAUAUGUUGGCCUAUUAUUGAUACAAAAGUUACUUAUAGAAAUUGUUGUGCAAACAUUAUCCAUUUAAUGUUGUGCAAACAUUAUCCAUUUAAAAACUCAAAGCAUUUCAAAGAUACUUUGUUUUUGUCAUGGCAUAGCAAAAUAAAUAGAGGCACUCAUAGGCAUUUUUUAAACCAAAAUUUUAUAACUUUUGUAACUUGGAAGUAAAUUAACUUGAAUAACAAAAAUAUGUCUUUUUUUUUAAGGAAUUACAAAAUAACUUAGUACUUUUUCUAAGUUUAAAAAAUUGGUAGUUUGUCAAUUAUUACAUUUUCAUGUAAUAAAUAUUUUGUAUCUGAAGCAUGCUUGUUUUAAAUAGCAAAUAUUUAUUUUAAAAAUACACCUCAAAUAUCCUAUUAAUUUUAUUAUUGCUGUCAUCUUUUUAAAUUUCCUUGAGCUAGUCUAAAUAUUCUUUCAGUCCUUUGCACUUCAUACAUUUAUAAUAUAUUUGUGUCUUUCACAUCUUACUGGUUAAUGCAGUUUUUGCUUGUGUUUGCCACAGAAGCUGAUUUUUUUAUUCUUAGUGGCAUUUCAAAUAUUUUAAAAUUGGUAGAUAAACAUAUUUGAUCAAAAGAAUUUUUAAAUUUCCAAACUUUUGUACAUUAAAACACAAUUUAGCUUAAUUCAAAAUUUCAUUUUUAUAAAAUUCUAGGUCUUUAGUUCUUCUAGGAAGGGUAUUAUACAUAUAAAACUAUAGGAAAUUUGUUAUAGUUUUUAUGUUAGACCUUUAUUUAUAAUUUUAUAUUUAUAUUGGCAGACCAGAAAUUCACUGAAUAGAGGCCAAAAUCUUUUCUUAAUUUUUUUUUUUUUUUUUUUUUUUCCUUUUUAUCGGUACCAGGGAUCGAACCCACGACUGCCUGCUUGCAAGGCAGGCGCUUAUGCCGCUGAGCUAAAUCCCCAGCCCCUAAUCUUUUCUAACUUAACAGUUAAUAUUCCAAGUAUGUAAUUCCAUUCUUUGAGAACUGAAUUUUAAUUGUUCGAUUUUUGGUGUAGCAUGAGAAAGUUGACUCAAAAAGAUCUUUAAUUGGGAAUGCUUAUUGUAUUUAUGUUAUUUGUUCUCUAUAACUUUUUAAAAUUAUUUGAAGCAGUUCAGAAAUAAAAUAUACAAGACAAAGGAAUUCAACAAUAGAACUAAACGGCUACAAUUCAGAAAGUACAUUUUUCUUAAAUUGCUUUUUACAUGUUACUUUUAUUGCAUAUAGAUUCACCUUUCAGUUUUCUGUAUCUAAGCUAAGCAUGCUGGUUGUUGUAAUUCUCAUGACUUAUUUCAAGAGUUUCUUUUUCAGUAAGAGAUUGAACCCAUAGUUUUAAAUAAACAUAAUAAGGAUAUACUCCUCCACUAUACACACUCAAGCCCCAUUUUCUUUUUUAAUGAAGGUAAAUAUGGAAUUUUCUCUGAAAAAAUUUCUAACUGAAUCUGAAAUAAAUAAGGAAUUUAUUAUAGGCAUCCCUUAAGCAUAUAGCAUAAACAUAAUUGAAAAUGUUUUUAGUGAUGGAUUCAUAGGAGAAAUAUCAAAUAAACAUUUCUUACACUGGUUUAAUUAGUGCAUUAAUAAGAAAUUUUGAAAAACAUUAUAAAACAUCUGUAAUUCCCACAUAACAUUUUCUAAAAUAUAACUGCAUAUUUUAAAAUGGUACAGAGUACAUUAGUUACUAUAUUAUUACUUUACAUUAUUUUACACAUUUUCCAGUGUUUCUCCAUAAUUCAUUGUCAUUUAAUGGUUAAUAUUUAUAGGUGUUCUUUCAUUUUUAUGCUUUGAAAACAACUUUUUAUGUUUCUUAGCUAAUAAUGUGGGGUGGUAUUUUAUGUGGGCAUUAGAUUCUGGCAUGCAUAUAUCAAACAAUUUAUAUGGUCAAAAUCACUAAAAAAAAAAAAAGCCUUUUACUUAUCUAGGAAUUAUCUCUCAAUGAAUCCAAAACAGGUUUUUCCUUCAGCUUUGAAUCAAAUUGCUCACCCUUGAGCUGAAAAAUUACAUUUAAUUUAAGUAGUCUGUUGAUGAGAACUGUCAAAUGUGUAUGGGACCUGCACAGCUGAUUUUAACAAAUGAAUGUAGUAAGACUCAAUUUUGACUAUCUUGAGGCACUUGAGAAUAUGCGUGAGAGAGGUCCCUUAAUGGAAUAGGGAAAACUCCAGAGUAAGCAUGCCCGAAGAGCAAGGACUGUGUGCUUAGUAGUGGUACUCAUUAAUGGACUUCAUUCUUUCCACAUUGUAGUCACAAACGGAGUUGAAUGAGAAACAAAUAAAAUGCAGUGGUCAAGUUCAA